UCUUCUACCAUUCACUCAGCAAAGAUGGGACAUCCGGUCACGCUUGCUACAUGUUCGUUGAACCAAUGGGCAUUAGACUUUAACGGGAAUCGCGAUCGGAUUCUAGAAUCGAUCAAACAAGCAAAAGAGGCAGGAGCAAAAUUACGUGUUGGACCUGAAUUGGAAAUCCCGGGAUAUGGAUGUUUCGAUCAUUUCUUGGAAGGCGAUACAGUCUUACAUUCCUGGCAAGUGUUAUGUGAGAUACUAUCAAACAAAGAUACAUUUGGACUUUUGAUCGACGUUGGAAUGCCAAUCUUACAUCGUUCAACUUUGUACAAUUGCAGAGUGAUCAUAUUAGAUGGAAAGAUUGUUUUAAUUCGUCCAAAAAUGUGGUUAGCGAAUGAUGGGAAUUAUAGAGAAUUACGUUAUUUUUCACCUUGGACAAGAAGAGGACAGUGGGAUGAUUUCGCCCUUCCAAGAAUGGUCAGAGAAAUUUCAGGUCAACAAUCUGUUCCUUUUGGCGAUGCUGUCGUUUCAACAAAGGAUACAGUGAUCGGAGUGGAAUUGUGUGAGGAGUUGUUCACGCCAAACAGUCCUCAUAUCGCAAUGGGCUUGGAUGGAGUGGAGAUCUUUAUCAAUCCUAGUGGAAGUCAUCAUGAAUUACGAAAGCUUCAUCGCAGAGUCGAUCUGAUUCGAGAGGCAACAUUGAAGGCAGGCGGAGUGUAUUUGUAUGCUAACCAACAAGGAUGUGAUGGAGACCGAUUGUACUACGACGGCUGUCCUUUAAUUGCUUCAAAUGGUGAUGUUGUAGCACAAGGAACACAAUUCUCUCUGGAUGAUGUGCAAGUGAUCACUGCAACAAUUGAUUUGGAUGACGUCAGAGCAGCAAGAAGCAGCAAAAGUCGUGGUAUGCAAGCUGUUCAAUCCGAUCUGAUCAAUAACGGAAAAGGAUUCCAUAGAGUUUCAGUUGAUUUUGAGCUUGGACGACGAGAAGAAUGGGGAGGUGAACUCGGUGGGUUGAUCAAUGGAGUGAAGGAUGUUCUUGGGUCAAAGACUACCGUCACAGACGUACAGAAUUUGUCUCAUCCCUUACCGGCAUCCAGACCGCUAGAAGUACAAUACAAUACACCAGAGGAAGAGAUCGCUUUAGGACCUGCUUGUUGGUUGUGGGAUUAUCUUCGUCGUUCGCGUACACAGGGAUACUUUAUCCCACUUUCAGGGGGGAUUGAUAGUUGUGCAACAAGUGUGAUUGUGCAUAGCAUGUGCAGAUUGGUCGUCAAAGCAUGUAAGCAAGGAAAUCAGCAAGUAUUGGAAGAUGUUCGAAGAAUAUGUGCGAAACCUUCUGAAUGGAUUCCUGAAUCACCGCAAGAAGUUGCAAGUCAUUUGUUCGUGACGUGCUAUAUGGGAACAGAAAACAGCAGCACAGAAACUCGUCAGAGGGCUAAAGAUUUAGCGGAAGCAAUUGGUGCCUAUCAUAUCGAUCUCAAUAUGGAUAUCAUUAUCCGAGCAAUUGUGACUUUGUUCUCGAUGGUGACCAAUAAACAACCAAGAUUCAAGGUCCAUGGAGGUUCAGCGGCCGAGAACUUGGCAUUGCAAAACAUUCAAGCUCGAUUGCGGAUGUUACUGGCCUAUAUGUUUGCCCAAUUGGUGCCCUGGGUUAGAGGAAUGGUAGGAGGUCUGUUGGUGCUUGGAAGUGCAAACGUAGAUGAAAGCUUGCGAGGCUACUUGACAAAAUACGAUUGUAGUUCGGCAGAUAUCAAUCCUAUAGGUGGAAUCAGUAAAACGGAUUUAAAGCGUUUCAUUGCCUAUGCAGAAGAUGCAUUCGAAUUGCCAAUCUUACACGAUUUCUUAACGGCAACUCCAACAGCUGAAUUGGAACCGAUCACAAAAGAAUACGUUCAAUCGGACGAAGUAGAUAUGGGAAUGACGUAUGAUGAAUUAUCAAUUUUUGGACGAUUACGCAAGGUGGAAAAGUGUGGACCAUAUAGUAUGUUUUGCAAAUUGGUUCAUGAAUGGGGAGAUAGAUUGAGCCCUGAACAAAUUGCAGAAAAAGUGAAAAAGUUCUUUUUCGAAUAUGCCCGUAAUCGACACAAGAUGACAACAUUAACACCUUCUUAUCAUGCCGAGUCUUAUAGUCCUGACGAUAAUAGGUUUGAUUUAAGGCCGUUUUUGUAUCCUUCUAGAUUUCCAUAUCAAUUCGCAAAGAUUGAUGAAUUGGUAGCAAGGAUACCGGACAGAAGCGGAGGAAACAAGAAGGGUUGAACGAAGCUGUAAACUAUUUGCAUAAAUGUCAUUUAAUUUACCGUGCCGAGAAAAAUACUUUUAUACAUCUGAUCAACGUUGUAUCCAAUUUCAUUUAUGUACGAAUGGAUCUUAUGGCAUUUGAUCACCGUUAUAUCCAUAUUCAUUUAUGUACGAGUUGAUCUUAUGACAUCUUUCUCAAGGAUCAGCCCAUUUAUUAGUCUAUAAUACGGACAAAUUCGGAAGCUAAUUUUAAUUUGUAUUCAAAGACAGA